AUGGCCUUCAUUGCAGCUCUGGGGCUCCUGAUGGCUGGGAUCUGCCCUGCUGUCCUCUGCUGUCCAGAGGACACAUUAGGAAAACACACUCCAGUCCAGAAAGACAGAGACCAUGAAUCACAACUGGACAGUCUUACAUUGGCCUCCAUCAACACUGACUUUGCCUUCAGCCUCUACAAGAAGCUGGCUUUGAAGAAUCCACAUAAAAAUGUUGUCUUCUCCCCACUUAGCAUCACAAUUGCUUUGGCCUCCCUGUCCCUGGGAGCAAAGGGCAAGACCCUGGAAGAGAUUCUAGAAGGUCUCAAGUUCAAUCUGACAGAGACCCCUGCGGCAGACAUCCACCAGGGCUUUGGGCACCUCCUACAGAGGCUCAGUCAGCCAAGGUACCAGGUACAGAUCAGCACAGGCAAUUCUAUGGUUGUUGAAAAGCACCUGCAGAUCCUGGCAGAGUUCAAGGAGAAGGCAAGGGCUUUGUACCACACUGAGGUCUUCACAGCAGACUUCCAGCAGCCUUGUAAGGCCAGAAAGCUCCUCAAUGACUAUGUGAGCAAUCAGACCCAGGGGAAGAUCAAGGAACUGGUCUCAGACCUGGAGGAGAGGACAUCCAUGGUGAUGACGAAUUUUGCCCUCUUUAAAGGUAAAUGGAACAUGACAUUUGACCCUUAUGGAACGUUCAUGGGGACAUUCAUAGAGGUCAGGAGGACACCCGUGAAGGUGUCCAUGAUGAAAAUGAAGGAACUGAGGGCACCCUACUUCUGGGAUGAGAAGAUGAAAUGCACUGUGGUGGAGAUGAACUACAAAGGCAAUGGCAAGGCCAUGUUCAUCCUCCCUGACCAGGGCAGGAUGCAGCAGGUGGAAGCCAGCUUACAACCAGCAACUCUGAGGGGAUGGAGGAAAUCUUUGAGGCCCAGGAUGAUAGAUGAGUUCUACCUACCCAAGUUCUCCAUAUCCCAAAACUACAGACUGGAGAACAUCCUUCCAGAACUGGGUAUCAAGGAAGUCUUCUCCACACAGGCUGACCUGUCAGGGAUUUCAGAAGGCAAGGAUGUAAGAGUCUCUCGGAUGUUUCACAGCGCUGCACUGGACAUGACUGAGACAGGCACAGAAGCCCAUGCCACCACCAGAGACAAAUAUGACUUCCUGUCCACUAAAAGCAACCCUACAGUUGUUAACCUUAACACACCAUUCCUGUUCUAUGUUUUAUAA